GAUGCUGCUGGCGGAGCCGCGUCUCCCCACGGCUCCUUCCCGGCGGCGGGAGGCGGCGCCCUUCACCAGGGAUGGUGAUUCGGCCAUGGCGGAGCACGCGGAGCCUGCGGAGAUGCCGGCGGUGUCCCGGCUCAGCACCCCGGAGCGGCUCCACGCCCAGAAACGGCGGCACAGCAAGCAGCUCAAGAAGUGGGCGCAGGCGGAAAAGGAGGCGCCGGGAACGAAGGCGGAGCCGAGAGGAAGAGGGGGGGCAGGAGGAGGAAGAGCGCGCAGCAGCGGCGGCCCUGGAAUUCCCGGGAAGGGUGCCCUUGGGAUCCCCGGUGGUUCCGUUGGGAUGCGCGGGGGUUUCCCUGGGAAUCUCGGGAAUGCCGUCGGAUCCCCGGUGCCGGUGGCAGCUCCCGCAUUCCCAUCCCGUCGCUUCCCAGUGCGGCAGUUCCUGAGCGGGAUCAGCCCCGACCUGUGCAACGAGGGACUGACGGCCCUGCACCAGUGCUGCAUCGACGACUCCGGCCCCGUGGUGUCCGUGCUGCUGGACGCCGGCGCCGACGUGAAUUCCCGGGACAACAGCGCUUGGACGCCCCUCCACGCCGCCGCCACCUGCGGCCACCUCCGCCUGGUCCAGCUGCUCAUCCAACGCGGCGCCGACCUGCUGGCCGUGAAUUCCGACGGGAACAUUCCCUCGACCUGUGCGAGGACGAGGCCACUGGAUUUCCUGGAGAGCGCCAUGGCGAGCCGGCGCAUCGAGGAGGCUCGGGCCGCCACGGAGCGCUCCAUGAGGGAAAUCCGGGAGCUGGCGCGGGCGGGCGCCGACCUGGACGCGCCGCGGGGACACGGAGCCACCUUGGUGAGCGCGACUCACGUGGCAGCAGCCAACGGGUACCUGGAAGCGGCCGAGCUGCUCCUGGCCCGCGCCGGCACCGACUGCCGGGACGAGGACGGCUGGCAGCCCCUCCACGCCGCGGCCUGCUGGGGACACUGGAAUUUUAUGAUCCCCCCACCGCUUUUCCCGCCUCUCCAUCCCGUUUUUCCUUUUUCCCAUUUUCCCCCAUUUUUCCCCCCUCCAGGUGCAGCUGGUGGAGCUCUGGUGGCUCACGGCGCCGACCUGGGCGCCAAAUCCUGCUGGAGAACGCCCCUGGACGUGUGUGGUGACGAGAUUCGGGCCAAGCUGCUGGAGCUGAAGCACAAACACGCGCUCAUGAAAUCCCAGGAGAAGCACAAAUCCCUCCUCCAGCGCCGCACUCCAGCGCCGGCAGCCGCGGGAAGGUUGCGCAGGGUGAGCGUGUCCGAGCGCUCCAGCCUCUACCGGAGGAGCACGAGCGAGAGCCAUCGUGUGGCAGCGAGGGGGCGCGGGGACAGCGAGGACGAGGACAGGGACCGGCACGGAGAGGACCCCUCGGUGCCCUCCCCCGCGGACCCCCCGAGCCCCCUCCCCCGCAACGGCUCGGCGGUGUCCCCUCGCCCCCGGGGGUGUCGGGGGGGACCGGUGCCCCCCCCAGCACCCCCCGGAGCCCCCCCGCGCCCCCGGCCGGAGGAGGAGGAGGAGGAGGAGGAGGAGGGGGGGACCGGUGCCCCCAACACACCCUGGCCGAUCUCACGCGGCUCCGCGCGGCCGCCAAAACGCAGCGACCGCGACUCGACGACCCCCCCCGAACCCCCGACACCCCCUUAGGGGGGGCCCCGGACCCCCCGGAGACCCCCCCGGGGGUUUUGGGGCGCUGGGGACUCGGGGGGACCCCGGAGG